AUGUCGUUGCCCUUGGUUUAUGAUUCCACGGGGAAAAAAGUGGCUUUGGACGAAGACGUUCCUGCCAAGUCCUUUGAAGACCUACAACUGGAGAUUACUCAGCUGAACACGCUCAUCAAGGACUACGUGAACUCGAACGUUGAUGUUCCCCCAGUGCCAACAAAAGACCACUACACAAAGAACCUGAGCAUGAUGAUCAAAAAAAUGCACGAGAGCGCAGCAAACUCGAUGAGAGCCAAGAAAUAUAACGACGCGGCCAAACAGUUUGGCGUCGCGCUCGGCCUUGCGGCCGCCAGACCAAAGUUCGAGAACUUCCAAAUGACCAUCAGCGAGGUGCUGAUCUGUCUUGUUGGCCGCUGCGACGCCAACAUCAUGCUGAAAAACUGGGCCGACGGCUAUGCGGAUGCCGACAUGUUGUGCCAAUUGGCCGCAAACAUCCCAGAAAACCAUCUGCGUAAAGGUGUUUGCCAGACCGGUCUGGGCAAUCUCCUGGCUGCAAAAACCGAUUUCGAAAGAGGCCUGUGUUUCAACUCGGCCCACCCAAAGCUGAAGGAAGAGCUCCAGAAGGUCCAGUUGCUCAUCGCAGAGGAAAAUGGCGAGGCUUAG